AUGGUGACUGACAUGCUGCAGGCCAUUUUCACCAACAUGCUGGGUGUGUUGCUCUUUCUGCUCAUUAUCCUCUAUCACUACAUGGCCGUCAACGACUCCAAGAAGCAGGAGGGUCCCCCUUUUUUUGUCAAACAAAAUUUAUUAAUAAGAAACAUGUUACAAGACAAAAAAAAAAGAUAG